AUGAAUGUCGAAGAAUUAGGCGCGAAGAAGGCCAUAAGCCAGCGGGACUUUAGACACGCCAAGUUUGAGUACGUCCCUUCAGCAGACGGCGUAGAUAGCAACUUAAUCAUCUACCUGCAUGGAUUGGGCGACAACAUUUCUCAUUUCGUUAAUCUAUCUAAGAAGCUGCGUCUUCCUCAGACCGCGUCUCUCGUCUUGCAAGGUCCUGUCCCCGUACCUUUCUUCGAUGAAGCUAGGAUGUGGUAUCAGUCUUUCGAUAUGCUCGGUAAUCUUAUCCAGUCACCUGAUCCACGGAUUGCUCUCAACUUACUCAACGACCUGAUUUACACACUCACUAGCCAAUUCGGCUGGGAUACACGGAAUAUCCAUCUCUUUGGUUUCGCUCAAGGUGGCUCUGUUGCUGUCGAGUUUGCUAGAUCUUCCAAUAUCAGUUUGGGCUCAGUGGUAAAUGUACUCGGUCCACUCCUCUCUUACGCUACGGGUUCUUCUAAAACUGCAACUCCUAUUUGCAUUUUCACUCGACCGUCGAGGAAUGUACUCGACAGCUCAAAUUUCAAUAAAGCUUUCUCCAAAGUUACGAUCUUUGAGGGUGAUAAAGCUGGUGAUGAAAUGCCUAAGGAUCCUCAAGAGUGGUCAGGUAUACUCAAAUUCUGGUCAGACACUCUUUCAACGGCACCAGUCAGUGAUCAAUCAGGACAAGUAUAUAAAAUAGCAAGUUAG